ACAUGGCACCCAUGAAGUCACUGCUGUUUUCAAUGCGGGGUGAUCAAUCUUUCCCCCACACUCAAUUGCUCGGCGCGCUGUUAUUUGGCGUUUACCUCAUUUGGCUAGCUUUCCGUUUGUACGUCGUAGAUAGACAGACUGCUGCUGGUCUGCUGCAGCAAAUUUAUCCUGACUGACGCGCAAAUUUGUCCGCAUCCGUGCCAUCUGGAUAAUUGGAUUCUAUGUUUCCUUUAAAAGUUCAGAUUUUAUAGAAUAAGUUGUAGUACAUUAGUACUGUGCCGUCUACAUUAUCAUUCUGCCAGUCGUACAGAAACCGGUUUUAAGCAACAGUCAAUCAGAAGUCUUUUUCACCAUAUGUUUGUCACAUAUCUGUCUUCCUGAUCUUGCUUUAUUUGUUUAUUAUCCGCCAUGGGCAACACGGACUCAAAGGCUGGAUUCCGAAAAGCCAUUCAGGAUUUAAAGAACAAAGAUAAGAUCAUUGAGCCGGACAAUGACGCGUUCUGGCGGCAGUUCUGGAGUGCGGAGCAGAUGAACUUCCAGCUGACGGCGGCGGACGUGUUCAGUCUGGUGACGGCGGAAGACAUUCGCAGUCUGCGUGAGGAUGUCCCGCAGAAUUUGGCCACGCUGGCCUUCAAGGCCAUCGACCACCUGCGGGUGGCCACUGAGGGUGCCGCGCCCUGCACCACGCCCGCCCAACAACAGACGGUGCUGAACUGCGUGCGCUUGCUGACCCGGCUGGUGCCGUUUUUUCUGGAGGAGCCGGAGUGGCGCUCCUUCUUCUGGUCCGCUCUGCCCUCGGCCAGCGCUGCUUCCAGCUCCACUCGACAGGGUCCGUUGUCGCGCUUCCCCUCCUACCCGGCCGGCGGCUCCCUCGACUAUCCGGAGCCUCCCACGCCGCCUUCCAGUGCCGGGGCGCGUUUCCGCCUCUUUGACGGCCCGGUUCUGGCUACCACGCUCAUCAAUUCGCUUUCGACACUGCUCUUCUGUCCCGGAUUUACGGUCAAUCAGCACAAAAAACCUUCGGAGCAAACGGAAGAUUUGACUUCGUUGGACUGCGUCGAAUACAUUUGGGCAGCCGGGGUCGGCUUCGCUGUGUCACCGCCGCAGAAUGCCAACUACGACGCGGCACGGAUCGAGAUUCUCCGUUUACUCCUGGCGUGUUUCUCGGAGUCCAUGUACGGAACUUCCGCUUCGGAGGGACUGGUGUGUCCCAACCGUUGGCUAGAGUACUUCACAAGCGCCGAAAACCGGCCGGUGUUGCCGCUCUUCACCUCCCUGCUCAACGUGGUCUUCUCCUAUGAUCCGGUGGGCUACGGAGUUCCCUAUAAUUAUCUCAUGUUCGGUGACUCCAAGGAGCCUUUAGCCGAGGUGGCGCUGCAGGUGCUGAUUGUCUGUCUGGACCAUGUCUGCCGGGUGAAGGUCACCGAGGCCAUCACGAAGGAACAGCUAGCGAUGGAAAGCGAUCCCGAUAGUGACAUGUUGAAGAACAUGUUCAUCAACUACCUGUCGCGCAUCCAUCGCGACGAGGACCUGGCCUUCAUGGCAGAUGGUAUGGUGCGGCUGCUGAACAAUCCCCUGCAGGUAGGCUACCUACCCAGCUCCACGAAAAAGAUUCACUUCCAGGCCGAAUUGCUCAUUCUCUUCUGGAAAUGCUGUGAAUACAACCGGAAAUUUCUCUACCAUGUUCUCAAAAGCUGCGUUGUUCUCGACAUUCUGAUCCCCAUUUUGCAUACCUUGCAUCAGAAUCGCCUGAAUCCCAGUAAAAUUGGCUUGAUUCAUUUGAAUGUCUUUAUUCUGCUGCUGUUGAGUGGAGAGAGAAACUUCGGCGUACGUCUGAAUAAGCCCUUCACGGGUCGGGCGCUUCCGGAUUUACCGGCUUUCACCGGCAACUACGCUGAUCUGAUCAUUCUGGUGUUUCACCGAAUGGUGACCUCGGGUCAGUCUAAACUGCAGCCGCUCUUCGACUGUCUACUGACCAUCAUUCAGAACAUUUCGCCGUAUGUCAAGAGUUUGGCCAGUGUCACCGCUACCAAGCUGCUCCACCUUUUCGAGGCCUUUAGUACGCCGUGGUUCCUGUACGCUAAUCCCAGCAACCACAAUCUGGUGUUUUAUCUGAUGGACACUUUCAACAACCUGAUCCAGUAUCAGUUCGACGGCAACGCGCCACUGGUGUACUGUAUCAUCCGCAAACGCGCCUUAUUUCACCAGCUGGCCAAUCUGCCUAUGGACCCCGCCUUCAUCGAGAAGACGGUACGCAACCGCAAAGGCAGUCGGCGGACAUCGGUAGGGUCAGCCAUCGAGACGGAGAGUGAGACAACCGAGGAGACACGGCGUCUCGAAGAGGCUGAUGGUGAGGAAAAGAAAAGCCGGGCUUGCACACAACCUUGCCUCAAAUUCCCGGAGUGGGUAAGAUGACUGGCCGCGCUUCGGGCCAAAAUUUGGAGGGUUUCAUGGACGAUAGCCCGAGUAUUCUGCGUGGUAAGGAGCGUCCCUCGAUGAGCGGCGCCUACGAGCCCGGAACAUCCGGUAUUCUCGAGGAGUC